AUGCUGCCAGAAAAUUAUCUUGUCGCCAGUUCCCUCACUGCAGCUAUCCUCUAUGGCGUUAAAGCUCGUGCGAGUCCGAGUUACUCGCGCAUGAUGACCAAAACCCUCGCAGUGUCUCUACUCGCGGUCCUCGUCAAGAUCGUCGAUGGACCGACGUAUCUUCUAGCUGCGUUGAGCUUCGGAUCGUUGGGCGAUGCUUUCCUUGCUUGGAACUCUGAACCAGCAUUUCUAGCAGGCCUUGGAAGCUUCCUAACAUCGCAUCUUUUCUACAUCGCGCUUUUCUUUGAGACCGGUGCAAAGAGGCUGGUUCUUGAAGAACAAUCACGCGUCGCCAUCGUCAUAUCAGCUCUCUUACUUGGACCUACGAUGUUGACGCUAUUGAUUCCGAGGGUCAACAGCGAGCUUCGCUUACCAAUUCUUCUCUACACCUGUGCAAUUCUGGGCAUGAUAUUUUCGGCCUUGACGAUCAGAAACUAUAAGGUCGCGCUGGGAGCUGUUAUGUUUACGGUAUCUGAUACAAUUUUGGCAUCAGGAAGAUUUCUUGUACCUGAAUCAUCUUCACACCAAGUCUGGAUGGACUAUGCUGUUUGGAUUCUGUAUUACUCGGGGCAAUUCAUGCUUGCGAUGGGGACUCUGGAACAAGCUUAG